CCGCGCGCGCCGCCACAUCUCGUCGCGCGCGGCGGUCGUCAGUUGCGCGUUGUCAGUGCCGCCUGACAGCGCGUUUCGAUCGUGCGUGUUGAUAUGUCCGCGUGCACCCGGGUUCGAGAGCGUGUGUGUAACGCCCGAAGCACCAGCGCCUCGCUAUGACUCAAGAAGAACUUUGUCCUCGGCUAGAGGAACAAUUGAACUCUUCGUCCGGAAGUAAUCCGGAGGACGCAGAUGUUAUUAUACGUCCAGAAAGGGCUAGCGUCAAAGAUAUGAUUUUACGCUUCGAAAGGACUGCUAUAAACAGUUUCGGUGGAUCUAGUGAAUCCCUAGAAAGAAAUAAGGACCUAGGCAGUUUGACUAGUGUUUUGAAUCCAAUUCAUUAUUUAUCACCAGGGACGAGACCUCAAGAUAGAAAUUCGAUUGCUUCAGUGAAUUCCAUACUUUCAAAUGCUUCGGAAAUAAGUUUCGAAUCAAGUUCUUCUGGUUUUAUUUCCGAUAGGAAGUCGGAAGUUCCUAAGCCGCAUAGACCGGCUCCACCACCACCUGCGCCGUUUAAUGAUACUCCUUCACCGGAAUGUAAAUCGCUCGUGGAGGAAGAGAUUAGUAUAGUGGAAAAAAAGCUUUCUUAUACAGUACCAAGUGGUUCGCCAGUGGUAAUGAGGCGGUCACGACACCCGCCGGUGAUUAGAAAAAAAUCUAGUGUCGGAAAUUAUGGAUAUUCGGCUGAAACUCUUUGGUCUUAUGGUGUUAGACAAAGUGAUUUAGAAAAGUUACUGAGAUUAAAAAGAUCAGAGUUAUCGGAUAAUGAAGAGGAGGCACUAAAUUAUAAUGAUAGAUCAGAACCUUCUGGUAACGAAAGCAGCAGUGACGAUUCCAACGGAAAUGAAACAUCAGAUGGUAAAGAAUAUAUAGUAAAUGUUGAUGACGGUAGAACCGAUACGUUGUCAACCGAUCAUUCUACGGACACUUUAAUAAAUGAAGAAGAUAGUGGUGAUGAGGGAGAUGGUGAGAAUCUGUCAGUAGUUUCUGAUGAACGUAGUAAUUGUGAUAAUGUUAGCAUCAAGUCUAUUUCAUCAUUGGAAAUGGUGCCGUAUCAAAAGUAUGACAGCAUUACUGUGUCUUCGGACGAGUUUGGAUCAGAGGUGUGCCAUGCGCCGGACACUGAAUUCCUGUCUGUGAGUGCAGUGAAUGAGUGGUGUGUAUCUAAAUCUAUACAGCCUGUUUUGAUGCCUGUAGAAUCGAAGAAGGAGAAGUAUCGAAGACGAUUGACUGAACGCGUCAACGAACUUCUUCACACAGAGAAUGUCUACGUGGAAAGGUUAAGGCAUGUAGUCGAGAACUACAUUCCCGAGAUGUCUCGGGAUGACUUGCCCACCACUCUGUGGGGUAUGAAGACUGAUAUCUUUGCGAACAUAGAAAAAAUCUUCAGGUUCCACGCCGAAGAGUUCCUGCCUGCGCUGAGACAUUGCGAGAAUGACCUCAAGAAGUUGGGGCGGUGUUUCAGGCGAUUUGAACAAAGGUUCAACAUGUACGUUAUGUACUCUAGGAAUAACAAGAGAGCCACGAGACUGGUGUUUGAGCACAAACAAUUCUUCCAGGAGAAACAAUUAGAACUAGGCGAUAGACUAGACCUUUCAAGCUACUUAUUGGAACCAGUGCAGCGACUACCUCGAUAUAAAUUAUUUCUCGACGAUUUAGUGAAAACGUACACAAGCUAUGAAAAUGAAAGAUGCGAGUCAGACUCUAGGAUAUCACAUCUUAGCGCAGACAGUGAUGAGACAGGGGGAAGUAAUGGCGAGUGUUCAGACAACGAUGAAACGCCAUUGGAAAGUUUGAAAUUAGCCAAAACUGUAGUUGAAGACAUGUUGACGGCUGUUGAUGGAAUUAUGGCUCUUGAGAACAUUAGUGAAUGUCCACCGCAGUUGAAUUUGCUGAACCAGGGUCGCCUUUUGCGCCAGAGUGAGUUCUUCGCGAUGGACACGGCGCGUCGCCGCCGGCAGCUCAUGAGAAUCUUUCUCUUUGACAAGCUGGUGCUUCUUACGGUUGUUUACAGGAAACAAACGUCGAUAGAAUUUUUCAUCUACAAAGACCACAUACCUAUUGAUGAUUUGGGCAUCACGGCGAAAGAACAUGACCAGUACAAAUUCACAAUUUGGUACAAAAAACGAAACCUUAAGUCUUAUAAAUUGGAGACAAGAGAUCCCUCUAUAAGAAAUUCCUGGGUUGAUGAGAUCACUUCGCUGUUAUGGGAACAGGCCAUGAAAAAGAAAGAAUUGCUGCUACAAGAGCGGAAGAAAAGGUUAUCAAUGGUGUCAACAAAUAGUCAAGAGUCAACAGAUGACAAGUGUCGGAUAGAUGGUUACAUAUACGUGAAGUUGCACCAAUGAUAUACUUUGUAGAUAAUUCUCUCCGAGGCGUGCCGGGUGAGAUUCGACGGACGGGCGAAAAGAAAUUCCGCAGUACAACGUGGUACUGCGAAUGAGGGACUUUGCCGUAUUACACACGUGUCAUGCCUUAAUACCCACGCCACGAAAGAGUAUUACUUACGUACAUGAUAACACCAUAGUAUAAUAAGACAAGUAUGGUAACUCCAUACAAACGUAGCAGCGCGGCUUAUAUGUGCGCGCGCUCACUGCGUAUUGUAUACGGAUGCACACAUUCGCAUAACUUCGUCCCAAGCGCUUUUUAUUAUUAUGCGAACUUAUUUAUAC